AUUAUAACCAGUUAUAGUAUCAUAACUUUAUCAGUUAACUGCUUGAGAUUAAGAAGAUGCGCACUUGUCAGGCUCAACGCCGUGUGACCGCGGCUACUGGCGCUGGUUGCUUCGUGGCGAGCGUGCGGCCAAUUGUUCUCCGCCCGGUGCGCUCGCUGCUGCACCCAACCACACAGGCUUCCAUUUCCCAAGCCCAUGUGGUUGCUACGCGGGCGGUGGCCAGCCAAGCGGGCGCUCCACCACCUCGCGCUGGAAAAAAGAAGGUGAAGAAGAUGGUGGACAUCAACGGCGAUGUGUUGAAGGACCUAUCAAAUGGAAUGUUUCAGGUCAAGCUCGAAAAUGGCGUGAGCGUCAUUGCGCACCUAUCCGGCAAGAUUCGGCAGAACAGGAUCAGGGUAGUUGUUGGAGACAAGGUAACCGUGGAGCUAAGCCCAUACGACCUGACUAAAGGGCGCAUCACCUUGCGGCAUAAACCCGGGGAGGCUACGCCACCUGCGCCCAAGUAACCUGCCCGGCGGUGUCUGCAGCGCUCGCCUGUUGCCUUAGCUACAAGCUUGCGAACUAGUUAGAGAACGGGCGACGGGUGGGAUUCCCGCAACCAGCCUCAUACGUUAGGAACGGGUGUUUGGGUCAUGUCUAGGGUUUGGUUGUCGUCCAAGCUUGCCUGCCGUAGGGGGGGGGCAUUCCUUGGCCUAAAGACGUGAAGGCUUUGCCGGCAAGGGCUUCGAGGUUGCCUGAUGCUGAAGGGUCAAAGGCGCAAGGACGAUGCCUAUUGACUGUUGUACAUUUACUGUUCGCAAGGACAGACAGUUUUGAAGGUGUUGAGAGUGUUGCUUGACGAGCGUGUUUUGUGUGACAAGCGUUUGACGAGCUGUGAGAGCCUUAACAUUAUAAAUCGAGGGGCGAUUGUGGGGUUGGUUGGAACCUUCCACUGGCUGUGUGUUUUGCUGCGUUUUUUGCAGUUGUUAUGCUUGCCGUACGGUGCUUGGUUGCUGCAGUUUGCUGAAGGUCGAAGAGUACGUUAAACCUGAGGAUUGUUGCCACGAGGGAAGGCAAACGUCUGCCAAUGUUUGCGUGCAUGCCCCAAAAGGAGUGCCAAAACGCUCAGGCCGACAAAUGGGGAAGAGAGGGAAUGGCCGUUGGGCGAUAGGGG